UGCUGGUAGAAGGGCCGAUCAACCGCGGGACCCCCAACAUUACUUUGUGCUGCUUACUCAGUCCAAUUAUACGCUCCAUCGACGACAGGGCUAGAGGUUUAUAUCUCCGCCGCUAAGUCUACCGAGUCAGUGAAAUGCAUGUACUGCGUACUACUGUACUGUACAUAUUUUGAUACCAGCUGAUCAAAGUAUUUAUCGCUGUUUAAUCCCGAUGAACUCAGUACCACUCCUCUUCCGGGAUCUAUUAACUGCUACAGUUCAGGAUGGUAGGUAGAGGUAAUAGAACAGCAUCAGUAGCCAUUUCUAUAGAACUACGCGGCUUCAAACACAUUUUACUCAGCUUGAAUAGUCCCCUGCAAAAAACACCCAAUCCCAUUCUUGCGGUGGAACCCAGAAUUCAACAUUGAUAACGAUAGCUGGGCCAGCGGCUAGCGGGUUUAGGGAAAGAGAAAAGCACCGAAUGUUUCCGGGUUUAGAAACGGCGCUACACUUUUCGAAAUAUGGCGAGAUAGUUGGAAGGAGGGGAGGGGAACGCGAAGGCUCCCUUCUUCUUAAAUAAUGGUUCCGGGAGCGUACGGUUUUGGGGUUCCUCUCUGGUUGACCACUUUGUCUGAGCUCCAUGUCCCGCUCCUGGAAUCAAAUUCAUUUCUGUAGAAGAAGGCAUUAGGCUAAUUAAAUAUCGUCCUCCCUGCUGUCCCUGCUGUCCCUCCGAGUUCUGUGAGAUACUGUUCUCAAAAACUAUUUUCUGCCGAAGCCGUAACUAUGAGUGCAGAACGCGCAGUCACCACAAAGACCUAUAAACUGAGCGAUGGAAGCGUGAUUCCUGCCGUUGGCUUUGGGGGAAUGCAGUGUUAGCCCUGGCCAUCCGCGCAGUGGCAGACAUGACGCAAAAUGAGCAUCAACUAAGAAAGAAAUAUGUCGAAUAGAUGGCAUGAUCUUCCCGGAUGAAGAUAGGCCCAAAGUCACCGAAAUCCUCAAACAGGCCAUACUUGCAGGAUACCGUUAUAUAGACACUGCACCAAUGUAUGCCACGGAGGACCUCCGAGCCUCAGGUGUACCCCGCUCCGAAUUGACGGUCGUGACCAAGCUCGUGCAAACCCAGCAUCAUGACCCUAAGGCUUCGUUACGCGAGUCCCUGGCGAGGCUAGGUGUCGGUUAUAUUGAUAUCUUCCUCAUGCACUGGCCCAAUGCUUCGGGCGAAGACGGGCGAUGGAGAAGCAUUGAAGAAAGCCCCACGUUCGUGGAGACGUAUAAGAAGAUGGAAAAACUUGUCGGCGCUGAGUGUAGGAGUAUUGGGGUGUGCAACUUUUCACAGAAGACGCUGGACGUGUUGUUGAAAGAAUGCACGAUUAAGCCGGUGGUUAACCUUAUUGAAGUGCAUCCAUACAAUCCAAAUUUGAAGCUCGUUCCGUAUUGUCCGGAAAGAGGGAUUCGGGUAAUCUCUUGGGGACCUCUUGGUGGUGGACCGAAGAGUCUCUAUUUCGAUACCUCGCCUAUGUACUCCCACCCAACCUUGACCUCGCUUGCAUCUCGAUAUAAUGUUUAA